CCAGGCCUAUAAGUAGGGGCGGCGGCGGCAGGGCGGCGGCAGGUGGGAGGGGGUCUCGCCGGGGCCGGCUAUGGCGGCGCUGCUGCCCUGCCUCCUGCUGCUGCUGUGCGGCGCCGCGCUCGGGCCCGCCGUGCACCUCGACUUCGCCGAGCACCGCAGCCAGGCGGCCAAGAUCAAGGUCAACCCCCGCAGCAGCCUCUGGGCAACAGGUCACUUCAUGGGGAAGAAGAGUGUCUCAGGCUCUCCACACCUGGAGUCACCAGAAGAUCCUGCUGUGCCAAUGGUUUUCGGUCCUUCUCUUAGAGCCUUGCUGGAGGAUAUGAUGGAACUGCUUACCCGUGAGCUCCUGAAAAUCCUCUUGCAAGAAAGACUUUUGGAUGAGAACCAAGGGAAAUACGAUCUCACUGACCAGUCACUGCAGGAAACAAUUGAGAGCCUAAAAGGGAUGAAAUCUGCUUAGGUGGGGUCUACGCAUACUGUCCUCUGAGCUGCUGUGCUUGAGGAGCUAUCCAGUAACACUGCACACAGGUAAAAUGGCUUCUGUCAUCUGGGUUUAGGCAGCACUUGCUCUUCUUCUUUGUUCUUUUGGGAAGGUGUGAGUGGAGCAGAGCUGCAGGGAUGUGAGCCAGAGUGGCACUGACUGCUCAAGCACCUUUCUGACUUGGUUUCAGCAGAUCAAGAUAAAUUGAGGCUCCCCCAGAGAACUGAUCCCAUCAGGAUGGGAACUCUGUACUGAAGAGGCAGCUGGGCAUCGCUGAAGAAACCAGCCCACUCUGCUCCCCUUGAGGUGCUGUGUGCUAUGACCACUGCACUGCUGCAGCUUGUGCCUCUCAGACCCAGCUGAAGGGGAAGAGAGGGCUCCGAAGGUCCUAGACCUCCCUCCAGCCUUCCCUGGGGAGCCUUUGAGGAGAGUGCUUUGCUGCUGCAUGAGCUGUCUGAGAUGGUGGGAGGGCUGGUCGGUGUGUUGCCCUGCCUCAUGCACUAGGAUGGUAGCAAGUGUGUGGUGUGAGUUCAAUUAAAGUGAUCCUGUGGCUCUCCUCCAUGUAGGUAAGUCACGCGGUCACUGCUCUCACUGCAAGUAUUCUGGGGUGGAGGCUGUCCCAGGCACCAGUGCUGUGUUUCAGGCAGCCACCUGGAUGUCUGCCCUGCCAGCGCUAUCACUGCUCAUUUCCAGUGCUUGGAGGCAGGCUCUGGCCAGUGUUGAACACCAGCCUUUGGUACGUGUCUGUGCUGGGUGUUGAAGCUCCGUCACUGGAGAGUGCUUUGGCUCAUAGUCAAGCCAGCCCCGGCUGGCUGGUUACCUUGUUGUCCUGGUGCCUCUCUGGUGGCUCUGCUGAAGGUGGGAUGCCCUGCAGCCAUGUGGCAUCGAAACUUAGGUGCCUGGUGUGCAGCUGGUUCCUGUCUCUUGCCCCUCUCCUCCCAAAACCCCUCAUCUCUUUUGGCUUGACCCAGUUGGUGCCCCAGGGUGCUGGCUGUUCUCUCCCUGCCUGUGUGGCAGCGGAGGCUCUGCUCUGUGCAGGGUGUUGCAUCCAGUUCUGGCCUUUCAGCAUCUAUAAGCACCUCACUUGACUCAAUUCCUGCCUUCCUGCUCCUUUCCUCACUCCUUCCCUCUCUCCCCUGGGACAUUCUUGUCUUCAAGUUGCUGGUUGAUAAUACAGAACUCUUUCUUCUUGGUGUCUUUGAGCACUGUCUGUGUUAUGCUCUCUACUGGGUCCUUGGUAUUUUUUGUUCUUGUGUGGGUGACCUGAUGCCAUUGCCAAUUCCUGCCACCUUUUCUGUUUUCUCCAUCACUGUGGCUGUUGUUGGACACCUGGGAUCAGCAACAAGCCUGUGCUUGAACUGAUUUGCUUGCCAUGUUCACUGGCUGUCUAUUGAGCUGUUUGACAUGAGUGAAACUCUCCAUCCACCCCUGCUCAGGAACUAUCAUUUUCAUCUUGAUUCAGAUUAGAAAAGCACCUUCCUUGGGACCUGCCAGUCAGUAAGGCAGGAAUUCUCAUGCUCUCUAGAUGUUGCUCCACUGCACUGAUGCACUUGCUGUGUUGUGUGGCAGGGUAAGCAUCAGGGGAUGCAGGCUUUUAUUAAAAAAAAAAAAAAACCAAACCCAAAAAACAGGAUUUUUCCUUUCUGGGAUUGUCACUGGUGAUUGACAAAUUGGUUCUUCCUUUCUAUGGGGCCCCUCCAAAUACACCAGGACUUAAUCUUUUCGCUUGUUCUCCUUUCACAUGAGUUAGUCCUGCCUGCUGCUGUUGGGAUUUGGUCUUCUCCAGACAUCUUCUCUCCCUUUGCAGAGCAGGAGUCCAUGGGCUGCUGUAUGCUUUGGGCAGCAGAAAUCACAUGGAGCAAAAGGGGUUUGCAAAAUUUUUUUAAACUACAUGCAGCAGGCAGGUCUUGACUCUUAGCAUGUUGGGGGGAGUGGGUCACAGUGCCUCCCUGUUCCUGUGCGUGGCAAAGACUUAGCUGGCAGGGGAGGAUCAUCUCAGUGCUUGGUAGGGGCGGGAAGGGCUGUCAUCUCAUUGCAUAAGUGGCAGCAUUUCUCCAGGAGGUAAAUGGCCUGUGCGUAUGGACUGAGAUGACUUCAGAGUUAUGGGGAGAGCCCUUCUGCAUGAACACAAAUUCUGUCCCACACAGCUCUGGGAUUUCUGAGCUGCAAGCAAUUCCACAAAAUCCCGCUGACUCUUCCCUACUGUGUCUUGCUUUUUGCCUUUUUGCCUUGCUCCCUGCCAAAUCAGACCCCGAGGCUGCUCUUGACCCUGAAACAUGACCCAGAGGCUGCUGUCUCAUUGCUGCAGGGCUGUAUUGCAGUGAAGUUCACCUCUGGCAUCUUCCAGCUGUUGGAGUGAAGGGAUGGGAGGGGGAAUCUGGGCCCCUGGCUCCUUCCCUGUUGUGUGCUAUCCCUCUAGCCCCUGCUGUCCUGAACCACCUGUGAAAGCACCUUCUUAGUCCAGCCCAGGGCAUCAGUCUGGUCUUCUGGCCCUAUGCUGCCUGGGCAGGCAGGUGAUGUAGGCAGAGGCUGCACAUGGGGCAAGUGGCUCACUGUUGUGCUCUUCC